AUGGCUCAGGCCAUGGUCGACCGAAUCCAUGCAGACGGGGGCAGUGUAGCCAACAUCAUAAAAUUGAUAGUUAUCCAACAGAUGGGCUUAGAGACAAAGAUUAAUAAAUCAGCCAAGUCGCUGACUGGUUUCAAUAGCAUAACAACGGUUACUGUGGGUAUAAUAGAUCUUGAUGUCUACUCCCUACCUAUAAUCAGCUCGCAAACGUUCAUGAUCAUUGAUGAAGUCUCACCCUACAAUGGCAUCACCUCCGCUACACAUUAG